AUGGCUUCUCAGUCUUUUGUUCUUGUUUUUGCUCUGAUCUUCGUCGCCGCCGUCGCCGGAGCUUUUGCUGAGGCACCCACCGCCACCCCAUCGGAAUCCCCCGCGCCGAAAUCCGCGCCUUCUGACUCCGAAGCGUCUUCUCCAUCUUCAUCUCCGGCUUCCUCUCCAGCGGAUACUCCAGCGGACACUCCGGCGGAUACUCCGGCAGAUACUCCGGCAGGUACACCGGCAGAUACUCCGGCAGAUACACCGGCAGAUACUCCAGCGGAAACUCCGGCGGACGCUCCAGCGGCCUCAUCUGAGUCGUCUCCAUCCCCGUCAGCCUCUGCUCCGACUUCGCCCUCCGAGGCUCCGGCGAGCAACUCGCCCGACAGCUCCCCGGAUUCCUCCCCUUCCGUUUCUCCUUCUCCAGCCACCGACUCACCAGCUGCGUCUCCCGCCGACUCCGGCUCCCCCGCUGCCUCGCCUGAUUCCGAUUCGUCUUCUCCCCCCUCUCCCACCCCCGACGCCGCCGAUAGCCCCGUUGCUGAUGGCCCUUCGGAGGCUGAUGGCCCUUCGGAGGCUGAUGGCCCUUCGGAGGCUGAUGGCACCAUCUCUGAUUCUCCGGCUGAUUCACCCGACGGUGAUGCCGACAGCGGCACUUCUGCUCUGAAACUCACCUCCGCCGCCGUCUGUGGUGCCGUCGCCGUCGCCGGACUCUUUGCAUUCUGA